AUGCAAGACAAGGUUGCUGUGAGACAAGACACGACUCUUGCGUCUGCAAUCUUGCUUGCGUUUUAUGAAGGUCUUGUGUCAGAUGACGUGGAAAUGUCGGGAUUCAAGAAGCACAUCUCGGGAGCAACGGCUAUUGUGAAGCUCCGCGGACCUCAGCAAACAGCGACUGGUGUGGGAUUGAGCAUGUUCGAAUUUGUGCGAGCAACAUCGGUCCGACAAUACACGUUCUUUGCAAACAUCUCGCUGGAAGAUUUGACGUGGUGGGCGCGGCAAGCAGUCUGCGAUACCGUCGGUCAUCAGGCUCUCGUCUUGAACCUCCAGACUACAAUGAUUCGUGCGGAAGCCGACAGUCUGCUGAAAGGCGCGAGGACAACCGACAAAAUCGACAAAGCUCUGAAGCUGCUCCAACGAGCUCGGAAAAUGGACGACGAACUCGGGAUGUGGUUCGACAAGUGUCCGCCAGCUUGGAGAAAGGGCAUCUCGGGCUCCGCGAUUGACGUGCCUGAUGACAAGAUUGGCCUUGUUUCAGCGUUCCCCGGGCCUAUUUACGAUUAUCCUAACGUUUGGGCUGCAGGAAAGCACAUCAACACCCACGUCUCUAGGUUGCUGCUUAACCAAGUCAUCGUUCGCUGCAUCGCGUGGGUAUGCGCACCGAGCGACCACACCUUGACCAAGGAGUAUAUCGACGCCAAUAAGAUUGGCAAGGAGCAAGUCGCAGACAUCAUCUCGAGCACACCGUACUUCUUCGGGUGGACGGGUGAUGCCCUCAGCACCCCGUACUUUCCCUGUGGGACGUCAGAGAUGCCCAAGGGUCUAGCCGGCAUCUCUUGUAUGUGGCCACUUUUGGCAACUGGUUCGAGCCGAUUUGCCACCAGAAGGCAGCGCAUGUACGUCAAGGCCCGUCUUGCAAAGAUUGCAGAAGAGAUGGGCAUCCGCCAAGCCGAUGUUUUUUCAAAGUUAUUGCCCUGA